AUGCCCGACAUGUGCUUCAACAGCGUGGUGAUGUGUGCCGCAAGUGUUGUGAGAGCGCGAUCCUUUGAAACAUUUCUCAAGGGGCUUCAACCGGACGACGACAUAGGAGUGUUUGGGCACUUCUUGCCACGUCCAGCUUCGGCUGAUUGGCACCUUUGGAGCAUUCUGAACUGGGGCACCAAGUGGGAUGUCUCAGAUCCCAAAUGGGAACGCACCAACCUUUCCUUUCAUCUGAAGUUUGAAACUGCAUGGUCCCCACCAGUUCCCUUCUACAAAUUCCUUGAAUCUGCUGCUGGCGGUGACUGGAUAAUUGAUGCCACUUUUCAUUCUUCUGCGGAGCAGGUUGUUGGACGCUACGCCUGUGGAUCCCAGAAGACCUGGAAAUACACUUUCCAGGACCCGGCGUGGCGGGUCAGACUGCCUAACAAGCUUGUUGACGAAGCUGAGCUAGACCGCGAGUAUGCAGAAUGGCUCGAAUGGAAAGAGAGCUGUAGAAAGCAAGAUCAUGUCAGUAGACGUCUGUCAUUGGAGUAA